CUCCAAAACAACACGGAUCCUUCCCCUUCUCUAAAGGGUGCUGAACGCCCUAGACUACCUCCGCAGCCAUGACUCGAAAGGCCUUUAGCUCUGAUGUCCAAGCGGCCUCAGAGAAGUCCAUCCCUGGUAUUACUAAAGUCGGCAAGGGAGAGGACGAUGGCGAUGUGACUUUCCUAUUUUCCCCAGCUUCGGGGCCCCCUAUUGAAAUUGGAUUGCUGGCUCUUGAUGUCUCUGGCUAUCCAUUGGACAACAGUUUCAUGAUAUUCACGAAGUCCUCUGAUGUCCCAAAGGGCAUCGACGAGGUUUUAGAGCAUAUCGCGAGCUCCUCCACCGGAAUGAAAAUUAUUGAUCUCAUCGCGAGCAUCUCUCAACGACUGAGGAAGACCCUUGCGACUGGGUCCCAGGAAGAUCCUCUUAGUUUAGGUGACAACUCAGAUCUGGAGAUGUUAGAUGAAGAAGGUGGAGAAUCAGGAGACGAAGACGACAUUGACGAAUUUGAUGACGGUUUCCUUUCUGACGGUGACGGACUUGAGAGCUUUGGACCACCCGGCAGUAUUAGACCAUCAUCUUUGUCGACAUACAACAUCCCCGCGGAGGCUGCUGUCAAGAUAAAUCGACGGAUCAGGGCCGAUUUUCGUGCUGUCAAGUUUGCGGGUUUCAAGCUGGGCGUCUUGAGCGGCUUGAAGGCGGAAUCCCAGACCAGUGUUAUUAGUAUCUCAAUACAGGCUGCGAAGCUCGGCUUGUCAGAUGAAGCCUUACAAGCCUGGGACCUUGGGCCGCAACAAUAUAUUGUCCUCCUCAUGCGUUACGCUGAUGGUUAUAAGACAUUCGAAGCAGUGGUUUCAGAGCCAGCUAAAUCUCUUGAGAUCUCGUUCCGUAUCGGUGUUGGCAACAAGUAUAAGCCAACUCUGAACGAAGCACACUCUGCAUUCACAGAAAUAACAAAGCACGAGACCAGUUCUCAUAAUGGUAACAACGCUACUAGUUCGGAUGAUAAGGCCAUGACGGGAUUCAGCAGUCUCUUUAUCAGCAGCUCAUUGAAUGAGUUCUUCAACGAGCAAUUCAUAUCCCUCUUGAAGAUCAGAAGCUCUAUGGGCCUUGGCUGGGAUGGUGCGAAGCUUUUCUUCAACGACAACCAAGGACGUUUUGACCAGGAAGCCUCUAUCCUCGGUCCACAAUAUUACGAGGAGUCAACCCCAGCACAAGGUUCUUUGCCAGAGAUGCUGUGCGGCGACCACCUUACCGAUACAAAUAGCACAAGUGUCUCUUUCCCCUUGAUUACUGCCCAAUUCGCCAUGCGAUACUUGCUUCGAUGCACGGAAUACUGCCUUGUCUGUCAUGACAAAAUUUCUGGAGAAUUUGAGGCAUUGAAACCUUACGUCUGUGACAAACCUCUCUGUCUCUAUCAAUACAUGUCUCUUGGUUUUGGCCCCAGUGUCGAGCAUGAGAUAAUGACUCAACCUGUUGUGGUUGACUUGCUUGUCAGUUUUUGUUAUGCAGCUGCUUCUAACCAAAGGAUUCGAGAGUACCCUACCGGCAUGAGUCUUUUAGUCCCUCCGGUCACGGAUUCUACUAGAGCAGCAUCGAACCCAGUACCAAUAAUAAAGAGCAAAUCGGACCCUCUUAUCAAUCCUACUAAGGUCAAAUAUGACAUCAAUCACCCUCAAAUUGUCUUUGAGAAUGACCAAUCUUGCCCAGUUCGGAAUGGAGACUGGGUUGUCAUUGAUCUAGAAGAUAAAGGGAUACCACCAAUCCAUCAUCGGGUGACGGAUAUUUCAAUGUAUCCGAUAGUCAAGCUAUCAGAGUGCAGGGUGAUUCAAGGCGAUUUUGCCAAUUUGAUACCGGCGAACCAGACGAGCCUGACAAAGACCCCCUUUACCCCAGCUACUACACCCCCACUCGCUGUCCCUGUUCCAGCACAGAUGACAGCCUACGACCAGAAUUUUGAUGAUGUGUGUAAUGCCAAGAAAGCAGAGACUAUUGUCGUACUGCUCAAUACUUUGCCAUCUAUCAAGCAGCUGCGAGCGUAUCUUGUUCAGCAGAGUCGGUUUUCCGAACCUAGUCUUCGAACGUGGAAAGAGCGUGUAUCCCCAGCCGCAUUAGGAUUACUUCGUUGGAUCGUUGCCUCAAAUCGCUCUUGUAUUGUUCAAGUCAAUAAAUGCCCUGGCCAGGAAGAUAGAGACCUGGCGGUGUCCAAGAUCAGGCUCGAUCAGAAAUGCUCAAAUGUAACUGAUAGCUGGGUCCAAUUCCGUUUCGCGCAAGGAGCUCCUGAUAAGGAACAGCGGUUUUUGAAUGCCCUCAAGACGGAGAAGAAAAAUUUGCAUCCAAAAUAUCCGACCCUUUUUGCGUUCCACGGAAGCCCUCUCCAGAAUUGGCACAGUAUUAUCCGACAUGGAUUGGAUUUCAAAGAAACCCUACAUGGCAGAGCUCAUGGACAUGGAGUGUACCACGCAAUGGAUCAGGCCACUUCUGCUGGCUAUUCUGGUUCUGGCUAUGCUUCUUGGCCUGGCUCUGACCUCCAAAUAAGUUCUGCGAUGAGCUUGAAUGAGAUUGUCAACUGUCCGUCGCAGUUUAUAAGCUCUAACCCUUAUCUUGUAGUUCAACAUCUCGACUGGAUUCAAUGCAGGUAUCUGCUGGUACAAGUUAGUCAAAACACCACGAUUCCCACGUCUAAUGUUUUUCGCGCUGCCGGCGCAGUUCCAACUAGUCAACCAGAACCGUCUCCCUUUAGGGACGUCGCCCAAGAUCCAAAGUUUACAGCAAAGACAACAAUGAAUAAACCCAUUGGCAUUCCACAGUGUGCUACAUCAAUUUCUAGAGCAUUUCGGGACAACCUCGUUGCUGAGCAGCCUCCUCCAAGGAAUAAGAGACGCAAACAUACUUCACCGAAAGAUCAAUUAACGCUUGCAGAAGUAGAGCCGAGUGACGAUGAAGACCCAGAAGACAUUAAGUUUCUGUUCUCUGACGACGAGGAAUCGUUAGGCAAAGGAAAAGGAAGAUCAGAUGAGCUGAUUCUGUUGGGAUCCGCAAAGAGAACUGCGAAGCCUCAAACCGAUUUUGUACCCGGCUCUCUAGAUCAAUCAAAAUUGCCCAUGCUGGAUCCUCCAUCAUAUGCCACUCCAUCAGCGACUAUGCGUCUCAACAGAGAGCUACAGACCAUUCUGAAGGUUCAAAAAGCAUCACCAUUACACGAGCUUGGUUGGUACAUUGAUGCCGAGCUUGUUAGCAAUGUAUAUCAAUGGAUUGUUGAGCUUCACUCCUUCGAACCUACUCUGCCACUAGCAAAAGAUAUGAAGGUAGCCGGUGUAACUAGCAUCGUUCUUGAAAUCCGUUUCGGAAAAGACUACCCACAUAGCCCGCCAUUUGUCCGGGUUAUUCGACCUCGCUUCCUUCCAUUCAUGAGUGGUGGUGGUGGUCAUGUCACGGGUGGUGGAGCGAUGUGCAUGGAGCUGCUCACCAAUACUGGUUGGAGUGCAGUAUCCUCGAUUGAGGGCGUUCUUCUCCAGGUUCGCAUGGCAAUAAUGAACAUGGAGCCUAAGCCUGCGCGCCUUGAGAGCACAUCAAAAGACCGGCAGCGCGACUAUGGAACAAGUGAAGCUAUGCAGGCAUAUAUCCGAGCUUGUCAAACACAUGGAUGGGAGAUUCCGAAAGACUUUCAGGAUUUUGGAGUGGGAGGCUGAGGUUGGGUGGAUAUUAACAGGCCAUCUGGAAUGUAAUGGGACCUGAGGCUGGAGGGCAUCUUCAAAAAAAUGAUGGGAUGAGCCAUCGUCUUAUGGUCAUGAUUGAUAUUUGGCGCUUGGGUGGCAAGGGAUAUGGGCAUCUUUCGUGCUGUCUUUGGCGCUCAGGGGCUAAAGGAGGCUUACGAAGAGAUACCUAUGGUAAUUGUAAUUAUAUUCUCGUCAAGACAGACGCAACAAAAUAAAUGUAUGAG